CUAAAAGAAGAGAAUGCCAGUUUGAGAAGCAAGAUCAAUAAGCUUCAGAUUCUCUCUGAAACUCAAGCAGACAAGAUAAGGAAACUUGAAAAAAAGCUUGAGGAAAACAAAAUUAAAGAAGAAAAAGAAGCGCAAGAUUUGGAAGCAAUGGUGCAGCAUGUGGAACAAAAUCUCCGGCUGAUGACUAAACGGGCUGUUAAAGCAGAAAACAAUGCUACAAAACUGAAACAGGAAAAUGCGUUACUUCAGGUGCAGCUGAAGAAUUACAAGACGGAGAAUGAAGCCCUGAGGGCGGGCCAGUCGGCGAGUCUGGCCGUGGUGAAACGAAACGCAGACGUCGCCUUACAGAACCUUCUCACAGUUAUAACAAACUCCCGGUCUUCCAUCAAGCAGCUGGUCUCCGGAGCAGAAUCCCUGCAGCUCGUCGCUAAUCUUCUUAAAUCAAUAGACAGAAUUUCUGAAAUGUCAGAAGAUGGACA